UCAAAGACCAAUCGGGGGAUGAAAACUCGUGCCAUCUAGUCCCAGAGAUUCUACUUGGACAGGGGUGAACAGUUACAGCUGAUCAGGGAAAUUAAUAUUCCAGACUUGUUGUUGUGAAGUGUCUCGGAGCUUGAGAAUUUAAAAAAACCGGAGAAAAAAAAUUUAUGGAGCCGUUUUUCUCGAUUAAGUGAUACGAGUCAGAGAGCGGGAUGACACGGUGAUAUUGCGAGAUAAAAGAUCUCUAUAAAUACAACUACCAUCCCCCCCUUCAAUUCCCUCCCCCUCCCCAGUCCCAAGACCAAUAAUUCCAGGAUAAUUCGGGUUAUGAGUUGUGGAAUAAUGAGGCUGCAGAGGUCAUGAGCACUGGCCGAAUGUUGGCGAUUGGGGUGAAACGUCAGAGUGGAAAGAAAACGGACAGAAAAUACUUUGGAAAGUGCUUGGGGGCUCGGUUCGGUUAUACAUCAGUCUGUUCAAGGACGUCUUGCUGCACAAUCAGAUAUAACGUACAAUGGCCAAUGAACAUUCUUCACACAGGACAUCGCUGCCAGUCCGUGGACAAUCUGAGGUGAAUCUCUGCUCGGUUUUGUCGCUGGGCAAGGAUCUCAGCAAGAUCACGAUGCCGGUGAACUUCAACGAACCGCUGUCCUUUCUCCAACGAGUUGCUGAGUACAUGGAGUAUGCCAAACUCCUCAAGUUGGCUGCUGCUGAACCCACCCCAGCUGGCAGGCUCCAGUACGUGGCUGCCUUUGCUGUGAGUGCUCUGGCGUCAAACUGGGAGAGACUUGGGAAACCUUUUAAUCCAUUACUCGGUGAAACUUACGAACUGGAACGGGAGGACUUCCGAAUAGUUUGUGAACAAGUCUCCCACCACCCGCCAGUGUCAGCCUUUCACGCUGAGGGUGAGGACUUUGUCUUCCACGGUAGUAUCCACCCAAAGCUCAAGUUCUGGGGUAAAAAUAUAGAGGUCCAUCCCAAGGGAAUCGUCACAGUGGAAUUACUCAAGUGGAAGGAGGCGUACACAUGGCAAAACGUCAACUGCAUACUCCACAAUGUACUGGUGGGACAAUUGUGGAUGGAACAAUUGGGGGCACUUGAGAUAAAACAGUGCGGUGGCGGCAAUCUCAAGGCAACUUUGUCAUUCAAGAGUGCUGGGUGGAAUGGAAAAGAUUUACAUCGGGUUGAGGGAUUCAUCACUGAUUCAGAGAGGAAACGUCUCGUCUUUCUUUACGGCAAAUGGACAGAGCGUUUACGCUCGUGUGAGCCAGCACUCUACGAGGACACCCUAGAGAGGAUAAAACGCGAGGCCAAGAGCCCCCAGGGUAGUCCGGGGCAUAAAAAGGUGCUGGCUAAGUUGAAUAGCCUCAAGAUCGGGGCUUUCAAACCGUCUCAUCAGGAUGCGAUCGAUGAGUCGAGUACUGACAGCGAGGAUUGUCUUCCGGUUGAUGAAAUCCCCGGAUCUCUGACCCUUUGGGAGGCGACUCCUCGACCUGCCAACAGUGCAGAUUAUUUCUCGUUUACUCAUUUUGCGAUGUCCCUCAACGAAAUGGACUCGAGUAUGGCGAAUACGCUCUGUCCAACGGAUUCACGUCUCAGGCCGGAUAUCAGGAAAUUGGAAAAUGGCGAUCAGGACGGAGCGGCCACAGAGAAAAUUCGACUCGAGGAGAAACAGAGGGACUCACGCAAAUCGAAAAAGCACAAAAAAGUACCGGAAAAUUUCCCGAGAUGGUUCCAAUCGGCAAUAAAUCCAUACACUGGACUGGAGGACUGGCUGUACAAAGGUGAGUAUUGGGACCGCAAUUACUCUGACAUCGAAGAUAUUUUUUAAGACCCGUAUUCACAGUGUUCGAUAAAUAAAUUAUCAACAUAAAUUGUUGACUGGAGUUCAUGUACCGUUAAGGUAUGAUCAAUGCGUUGAUUGGAACGAGAACAAUUGUGCAGAUUGUAAUGUGUGCAUGUUAAAAUUGUGAAUCGAAAAUUGUCAAAGAGGGGGAUGAACAUCAUGGAGUGGAGUAAUUGAAGGACAUGGGGGAGUACUCGAGCAUGUAAUCAGUUUUGAACCACUGAAAUGAUCUUAGAACUGUGGAGAUAACGAGCGCUGGGCUACUAAUGAAAGAGGCGGAAGCUUGGAAAGUUGGUAACAAAUGGGAGAAAAUAAAAUUAAGAGUCAACGUUUCACUAGGAUUCGUCCACGAAAAAUAUCUUAGCUAUCUUGAACACAGGAGUAGAGCCCUCAAGAGAAUUGAUGUCUAUAAUAAACACGUUCGGCAAGAACGAACCACAAAGAAUAAAAACUAUAAAAACAUUAAUACAACACCUGAUAACAAUGAAAAACUUGAAAUUAUCAUCGUAAAAAUUUACAAGUGGGAGAGUACAGAAUAAAACAUUGAAUAAUUAAUUAAUGACACGUGCGAAUAUAAUAUCAUAAAAAUUCUGUUGAUUUUUUAGAUUUUUCUUUUAUUUUCAGUACGUGAAAUAAAAUUAAUUGAUUAGUUCACCAUGAUACUGUUUGUCAAUUGUGUAGUUUCACUAAAAUGAGAGGGUUAAUUGAAUUAGGAAGAAUGGGAAACAACAGUAGAGACGAGAGGAAUAACAGAAGUACAAAAGUGAGAAAAGGAAACUGAAAAAUUCUAUUUUGAUCUUAUUGUACAUACGCCCAGUGAUCCAGAGGUGAAAUAAUCCCAAUCGCUGUGGAAUUUUCUCCUGUGAAUGUUCUCCUCGUGAGUAUUUAGAGAGUGGGUUGAAGAGUGAGUGGGGUCAACUGAAUUUUCAAUUUUGUCCAGUUGCGACGGAAUGAAAGACGCAUAAUUGCUCCUGCGCCCUAUUUUUAUAACAAUUAAUGUUCUACGUAUUUCGGGUGUACGUCUUUAGCGCAAGUCUGGAGGUGAGUGGACUGAAAUUAUCAGAUAUUGUUCUCACAAAAAUUUAAGACGUUAGGAUGAGAAGUUUAGGCACUGGGUUGUCCCAAACGAAUAAAAUUGAUUAAAUUAAAUUUUUGUUUGCAGCGUAUUUCGUUGGUAUCAUAAUUAUUAUUUGUUGAGAAGGGACAGAGACCUUUUAGCAGAUCCAACAAUUUGAUGGACUAGUGGUCGGGAUCAAUAUAUGGGGAGACGGAAGUUUAUCAUUUCUUGGGGGACUUUAUCACUUAAACACAAGUAUUUCGGGAUUUUUUAACUGCAAAUAUUGUUUUCCAAGUCUUCAUUUCAUUCACUACCAGUAUUAAGGCUUCCGCUCGACUGAAAUACUGUACAUAAAAAUAUUGAAAAAAAAAUUACUAGAAUGAAGAUCAACAAUCUCUUGUGACUGCAGAGAUGGGUCUGAUUUCUGUCAUUUAUUUUCCAGUCAAUAUAGGCUUGGAGUAAGUAGUGAAAUUAUCCUCCAUAAUCCAGAAAAAUUCGUGGCAUAACAGAUUAGAUGAAUAAAAAAUGCAAAUUAACCGAUUAAUCAGUAGUUGAAGGACCGCUUCCACUGUAAAAAUAAUGCUUCAGACCUCAGACUUCAAAGAAAACCUCUUGCAUUUGAUACUCUUUGUGCCAAUCGAGUGAUAUCCACAGUCGCAGCUUUCUUACGAUCACCAGAACAAAUAUCCAACCAAUGAAUUAAAAUAAUGUAAUAGGAGUAGUGUAAUUGUUUUGAGGUGAGUUAUUGUUGCGCUUUGAGAGAAAUUCAUGUUUUUUAGGCUCAGCCAAAGCAGAAGAAAUUUAUUCCCUGCGGAGAAAAUAAUACAAGGAGACAAAUGAUUAAUAAAAAUUGCGAAAAGCUUUGAACAAAACCGUGAUUGUGAGAGCCAAUUAAUUAACAGUGGCCCAAAAUUUUUAUUAAAUAUUUCUCUCCAUGUAUCAGUAUUUAUUUUUUUGUUAAAUGUGAUCGAUACAGCGCGAGUGUUAAUUUUGUUGAAAUAGCAAUCAUUGUUGUAAUGAAGUAAAAUGUUGAGAUUCUAUUUGUAAUUCUGUUGCCUAUAUGAAGUCAUUUUAGUUGUGUAUAGAAUUGAGUGAGAAUUUAGAAAUAAAUGUUAUUAUGAAAUAUAACUCGUCUCU